AUGCCCAAAGCCCCGAGAAAGAGAGGAGCCUCCAUCGAGGUGUCGGCCGCCAUGGGCGGCGGCAACGCCAAGAUCAAGAAGAAGAUAAGAGACAUCGAGCGGUUGUUGCGCAAGGACACCCUCGGCGCCGACAUCAGGCUCGAAAACGAAAGAGCGCUCAAGGCGUUGCGGGUCGAGCUCGAAGAGGCCCAAUCGCGGCUCAAGGAGAGAAAGACGGCCAAGAAGUACCACAUGGUCCGGUUCUUCGAGAAGAAAAAGGCGUUGCGCAAGUUGAAGCAAGCCACCAAAGAGGUGAAGCGGUUGGAAGAAGAAGGCGACAAGAAAGCGAUCAAAAAGGCUCGCCGGGUGCUCAAACACGCCCAGAUCGAUACCGCCUAUGUUUUGCUUUUCCCCAAGAGCCAGAAAUACCUCUCGUUGUACCCUAAUGACCACGAAACUAACAACGAGGCUAACUUGACCGCCAAGGCGAAAAAGGGGAUCCAGGAGACGGAGGAAGCGCGCCGAAAUCGCCGCAAGGAGAUGGAGAAGCUUAUAGACGAAGACCAGUUGCCGUUUACCUUUGAGGACGUGCUUGCCGGCAAGGAAGUCGACACCACAUUGGCUCCGGCAGCCACCCCGCUCGCCGAGAUCGACGCUGCCGAGGACAACGCCGACGACGAGGACGACUUUUUCGAGUAA